AUGGAAAAUAUAAAAGAGAAAAUUUUUUGUUUUAAACAUAACAAAGCAUUUUUUCUGGAAAAUACUAAGACAAUAGAUAUUUUAUACAAAUUUAAUAUUAUAAAAAAAGAAAUAAAUUGUGUGAGAUGUGAUAACAGAAUGAGGAUUGUGGUGGCUGCCGCGUAUAUAGAUGGGUAUGCUUACAGAUGCUCUUCUAAGGCAUGCAGAUCAAAGGCAAGCCUAAAGAAGGGGUGUUUAAUGGCCUCCCUUAAUAUAGAAUUUGUAAAAGUUCUUAGGGGAAUGUAUUGCUGGGUAUAUGAUUGUACCCUAGCACGGGCCAUUAAUUUCUGCGAUUGUUCGGAGAACACUUACAUAAAAUCAAAGAUCUGA